AUGGAGCAAGCCCUCGAAAAGUUCAAAGUAGAGGCAAGAGACACAUUGAGAGAGUGUCUACACGAGCAACAACACAAUUUAGCCAAAUAUCUCAAGGAGACGACCCUGGCACUCGAGCAGCAAAUACAAGAAUUAAAAGAGCAAAACGUAGAGCCACAAAUUAUGCCUGCAGCACCAUCGUACGCACAGAAAGCAGCUGCAGAAACCCCAACGCCAGUUCUGAGUGACAAUUAUAUAAAGCCGGCCGAUACCAAGAGAAUAAUGGACGAACACAUAGCAAAGACGUUCGACGAUCGACUUCAUAUCACGGAGAACUUCAUUAGCACCGCCAAACGUCUCCCCACAAAGUCCUUCAAACUACAAGCGCAAGACUCUAAGAUAGCUAUGGAGCUCAGAAAAUUAAUGGACGCGGUUUAA